CGCCGCCGCCGCCGCCCCGGUCCGCGCCGCCCGCCCGCGGGGUCUGCAGGCCCGCCCGCGCGGCAGCGCCCGGGAGCCCGGCUGCACCCGAGGCCAGACACCUGUCGGCCGGGCCGGCGUGGUCGCGCGGCCAGGAUGAAAGUGACCGUGUGCUUCGGCAGGACGGGCAUCGUGGUGCCCUGCAAGGAGGGCCAGCUGCGCGUCCGGGAGCUCACGCAGCAGGCGCUGCAGCGGUACCUGCGGACCCGGGAGAAGGAUCCUGGCUACUGGGUAAAGAUUCAUCACUUAGAAUACACAGAUGGAGGAAUCCUGGAUCCAGACGAUGUCUUGGCAGAUGUCGCUGAAGACAAAGAUAAGCUGAUUGCUGUGUUUGACGAACAAGAACCACUCCACAAGAUCGAGAGCCCGGGUGGAAACCCUGCAGGUCAGCAGAGCCCAGAGGCUUUUGAAACGGAAGUGGCUGCCCAGCUGGCUGCGUUUAAACCAAUCGGUGGGGAAAUUGAAGUAACCCCUUCUGCUCUGAAAUUAGGCACUCCUCUGCUGGUGAGGAGAAGCAGUGACCCAGCGCCAGGCCCACCUGCUGACGCCCAGCCAAGCGCUUCGCAGCCCAGUGGCCAGAGUCUGAAGCCUGCGAUUCCAGAUUCCACACAGAACUUAGAAGAUGGAGAAGUUAUGAUGACAGAACUACUGACAUCGCCGAAAACUAAGGAUGCAUUGAGUGAUAUGACAAGAACAGUGGAGAUUUCUGGGGAAGGAGGCCCCUUGGGAAUACAUGUAGUCCCCUUCUUUUCAUCUCUGAGUGGAAGGAUUCUAGGACUCUUCAUCCGUGGCAUUGAAGAAAACAGCAGGUCCAAGCGGGAGGGCCUGUUUCACGAAAAUGAAUGUAUUGUAAAAAUCAACAAUGUGGACCUCGUAGACAAAACCUUUGCUCAGGCUCAGGAUGUCUUCCGCCAGGCAAUGAAAUCUCCCAGUGUGCUCCUCCAUGUGCUUCCACCUCCACACCGGGAACAGUAUGAAAAAUCUGUCAUUGGACCUCUCAACAUUUUUGGUAACAAUGAUGGUGUUUUGAGAACGAAGAUGCCGCCUCCUGUCCAUGGAAGAUCAGGAAUAAAGACAGUUCAUCUCACAGGAGCGGGCAGUCCUGAAGAAGAUGCGUCAACUUCCAUACCACAAAGCAGGAGCCCUCGAGUACCAAGAGUCGGUAGAAACGCAUCGUCGCCCUCUCUCUCCCCUCUCCUGGGGUUUGGCAGCAAGAAAAAUGCAAAGAAAAUUAAGAUUGACCUAAAGAAAGGCCCUGAAGGACUUGGUUUCACUGUUGUUACCAGAGACUCUUCCAUACAUGGUCCUGGUCCCAUUUUUGUAAAAAACAUUUUACCAAAGGGAGCAGCAGUAAAAGAUGGCCGCCUGCAAUCAGGGGACAGAAUCUUGGAGGUAAAUGGCAGAGAUGUCACUGGACGGACUCAGGAAGAGCUUGUGGCCAUGCUGAGGAGCACCAAACAGGGAGAGACAGCAUCACUGGUCAUUGCCCGCCAAGAAGGAGCUUUUCUGCCCCGAGAGCUGAAAGGAGAACCUGACUGCUACGCACUCUCCCUGGAAACAACGGAGCAGCUCACCUUCGAGAUCCCCCUCAAUGACUCAGGUUCUGCUGGCCUCGGGGUGAGCUUGAAAGGGAACAAGUCUCGAGAAACUGGAACAGACUUAGGGAUUUUUAUUAAAUCCGUCAUCCAUGGAGGUGCUGCUUUUAAGGAUGGUCGUCUGCGGGUGAAUGACCAGCUGGUUGCCGUUAACGGGGAAUCUCUUUUGGGGAAGUCUAACCACGACGCUAUGGAGACACUCAGGCGAUCGAUGUCCAUGGAAGGAAACAUCCGAGGGAUGAUCCAGUUGGUGAUCCUGAGGAGGCCAGAGAGACCACUGGAGGAGCCUGCAGAAUGUGGGGCAUUUUCUAAGCCAUGCUUUGAGAACUCUCAAAACGCUAUACCCACCUCCAGGAGAAAUGAGAAUAGUGCGUUGCAUCCGUUUGGCAUGUACAGUCCACAAGACAGGCAGAAAGAGCCAUCGCUGCCCGGUGACGGAUGGGCCGAGAGUCAAGUACCGCCUUCCCCAUCACCACAUCCUGUUCUGGAACUGGGCCUUGAAGAUUACAGCCACAGCGCUGGAGUGGACUCGGCAGUAGGUUUUCCGGAUCAGCACAUCAACUUCAGAUUGGUGACACCAGCCAGGCAGCCCGAAUCGCUGAAUCUGAAAGCCUCGAAGAGCAUGGACCUGGUGCCCGAUGAAAGCAAAGUUCAUUCAUUGGCUGGACACAGAUCGGAAUCUCCGAGCAAAGAUUUCGGUCCGACUCUGGGUUUGAAGAAGUCCAGUUCCUUGGAGAGCCUGCAGACGGCGGUGGCUGAGGUCAGGAAGAACGAGCUGCCGUUCCACAGGCCCCGGCCGCACAUGGUUCGUGGCCGCGGCUGCAAUGAGAGCUUCCGAGCGGCCAUUGACAAAUCCUACGACGGGCCCGAGGAGGCGGAAGCUGAUGGUCUGUCUGAUAAGAGCUCUCACUCCGGCCAAGGAGCUGUGAAUUGUGACUCUGCUCCUCAGGGCCACUCUGAGAUAGAGGACGUGGAAAAUAAAGCCAGGAAGGUCAAGAAGCCCAAAGAGAAGGAGAAGAAGAAAGAAAAGGGCAAACUGAAAGUCAAGGAGAAAAAGCAGAAAGAGGACAGUGAAGAUCCAGACAGGAAGAUGAAGAGGAAGGGACUGGGCGCCAUGCUGAGAUUUGGUAAGAAGAAAGAGGAUAAGGGCGGGAAGGCUGAGCAGAAAAACCCUCCACAGCGCAAGCACGGUGGCCUGAGAGACGAGGAGCUGGACACAAUGAGGGAGGAGCGCGCGAGGAUUGGAGCAAAACAUCAGGAGUUAAGGGAAAAGCAGGCAAGAAGUCUUGUUGAUUAUGCUACUGGUGCAAUCGGAUCACUGCAUGAUAUGGACGAUGAUGAAAUGGACCCCAAUUACGCCAGAGUGAACCACUUCCGGGAACCAUGCGCAUCAGCAACUGUCUAUAGGUCUCCGUCUCCCCCACGGACUGGACCGCUGGGUUACCCUCGGGAUGGCCGUCCACUGUCUCCAGAGAGAGACCACUUAGAGGGUCUCUAUGCCAAGGUCAACAAGCCUUACCAACCUCCCAUGCCAGUUGACAGUGGCCGUCCCACCAGCGGAAGCACUGACCGCAUCCAGAAGUUGCGGAAGGAGUACUACCAGGCUCGGAGGGAGGGCUUCGCUUCCUACGAGGAGGACGACGGAAGAGCAAGGCCGUCCGAUUAUGACCUUCACUGGGUGUCUGGAAUGGGUCCAGAUGGGAGCGCACACAACCUCCGCUUUGAGGGGAUGGAGAGACAGUACGCAUCCCUACCCAGGGGAGGACCAGCCGAUCCUGUUGACUAUCUGACAGCAGCACCUCGAGGGCUCUACAAGGAAAGGGAGCUUCCGUAUUACCCAGGGGCUCACCCUGUGCAUCCUCCCAAAGGGAGCUAUCCCCGGCCCCCAGAUCUGAGGGUCACAGACCUCCGGUAUCCUCAGUAUUACCCGCCGCCGCCAGCCCCCCAGCACAAAGGACCCUUCCGGCAAGACGUGCCGCCUUCCCCUCCUCAGCACCACAGGGUGCCAACCUAUCCAGAAAUGGGCAGACCAGGGCCCCAUGGGGGCAGCCCAGACCAGUACCCAUACCGCACCCAGGAUCCCCGGCAGAAGGACCCCAUGACUGCAGCCGUAUAGCUGAACCCAGCUCAGCGCAGCCCGGAAAGGAAGAUGUCUACCAUCAUCUUUGUCCUUCCUACACCUUAAGGCCUUCAUCCUGUUAAGAAUUCUCCAUGGUACCGAUGAGGUUUUUCUCAUUGAGGUUGCAACACUUGACUGCUAAUCACAGGGGAAAGGGAGGGACAGGAGUUUGGGGGGAAAAUCAGGAGGAAGAGAAAAGAUGGGGCCAUAAAAAUAAUACUGCCUGAUAUUUGAAAUACUGUUAGAAUUGUUCAGUUCAGUGAGUGUGGUAAUUGCACAGGCAAAUAACAGUGGAGAUGUACCACAUGGUGCCUCCCCUGCUAGAUUACCUGCUGGGGCACACGUGCCCCACAGGAUGGGCAGCACAGAGGCCAUCUCGUCCAGGAUCAUCAUCCAUUUGGAGGCUGAGCUUCAGCCACAGUAUUAGAGUUGUCAAGUCGAUGGGCAUCUUAAGUGAGUAGGUUUUUCUUUGAAAAAGCAAACACGACUGGUGAUCUCUUUGAAAUGCUUUAUACCUGGAGGAAGACUGUGUCUCUUCAUCUGUGGAAUUUCUCAGGUUCCCGGCACCACUCAUUUGGUAUAAGCAUUUCACAUUUCCUCACUUUUUAUAUAAAAGUAAGAUGCAAAUGCAGUAUUAGUGUCCUGGGAGAAUGUGCAAAGCCAGUCAGAGCUUCCAGAAAGAGUAAGUUCUGAGGGCCCGUGCCACCACGUUCCGAGCCUGACGCUCCUGUGGUCCCCACCUUUAUCCUCCCGUGUCCCAGGCAGGACCAGGGACCAGGAGACACCUGGUUUGAGUCAUCCCCAAGGCUUCUGCCUGUGGUUACUGUAACUGGGCCUCUGUGUCACGGCUCCCACUUGAGAGCUGAACUGUACUUGAGAAAAAGAGGCCCCGCUGGUUAGGUCACCCAGGAAGCAGUGUCCUGGAGGUACCGGCUCCAGAUCAGUGCCAAACAGUACCACCUGCACCAGGGCCAGGGAGGGGCUGGCGUGGCCUGUGGAGGCUGACCACCGGCAGGUAGUAGAUGGCAGGGACCGACUGUGUGUGUGUGUGUGUGUGUGUGUGUGUGUGUGUGAAGGCAUGUGAUUACCAGUAUGGAGAGUGGAAGAUAAAAAUGCUUUCUGGAAAGUUGGAUGAGGAAAGGAAUAAAAAGGAAAAAAGAAAACAGAAAGAAGGGAAGGGAGAAGCGGCGUGGAAGGGGGUCAUGCUGUACCUGCUCUGCUUCACUUACAAACGUCAGGACAGGACCACGGCCAGGGGCUCCAACUGGGCAAAGAAAGUCUUGGGGCUUUGAAAAGCUGAAACCCCACCCAAAACCCAUCCCCAUUUCUUUUGAGCUUUGCGGCUAAUUUCUACUUAUUACGACAGAACGUCUAAAACUUAUACCCUGACUCCAAAGAGAAUGCAGACAAGGGACUGAGAAAGAGCAGGAGCUGGGAGCGGCUCUUGAGAUUAUUGAGUGGCGCCCGAAAUACUUUCAGCCUUUUCACAUUCCCUCUUCACUCCCUCCAAAAAAAAGCAGUCAAGUUCAAUUUAGACAUAUCUUGGCCAAGAUUAGAAUAUCUCUGACUGAUAGGAUCUAAUAAAUUAUCGUAUCAUUGAAUAUAUAGAGUACCCAUCUAGCCCAGUCUAGUCUUAUUUUUUUUAUUUAAAAUAGAGUUGUUACCAGGAAUGAUGCAACUGCUGAUUUUAGAUGUAAAUGGUGUUAUUUACUGGACUUUGAGAGGCCCCGUUUUCUGAAUGACUGUUCACUUAUGGCCCUCUGGAAAACAGACUGGCAGGUUGCUUUUUGCCCUCUGUCAUCUCUCUUAAGCCAGGACCUUUCGAUUGUUUGCAGUUUGUGCAAAGAGGUUGGGAUCUCGGCCUUGCUCGCCUAGAGGUGGAGUGAGGGAGCUGCGGGGUCUCCCCGCCCAUGUGCUCGAUGCUGCCUCCCCUCACGCUAAGUAAACCUUCAAGCAGAAAAUGACACGGCGAGGGAAGUGUACUUGUUUUGAAGCAUUAACAAUCAGCUCUUCAGUGUGUUCCAUAGUUUAACCAAAGUCCUGCAGACUAGUGAACGUAACCGAGCCAGAAGCUCCUUCUGAAUGAAGGCCAAGGCCACCGGAGGGGCAGUGGGAGCAGUGGGGCACAGUGAGGUAUUCUGUCGUGUCAGAGGAGUGGCCCUUAUAGGAAGAAGGCCCAUGUGUCCACCCCGCAGCCGCCCUGGGAGGACAAUGCCUCCUGGCCGCAAGCUCGGGGCAAGUUGCUGGAAGCGGAGGGACACACAGUCAUAAAACAGCUGCGGAUCCUGAGGGCAGCCAGUGAGGUGAGGGUACUAUUGGUGUGGACAAAAGUAGAUUAUAGCAGCUUUCUUCUCUUGCUUGGAGUAGAACACAUAUCCCAUUUGACCCUGCCCGCAGGAGGCGGAACUCAGCUGUGCGACAGAGGCUCCAUCAAGCCAAGCAACAACUCAGACCUGCUCAAGUGUGAGCUUUAUAAAUGCCUGUGCCCCAGCCCUCCAGGUGUCACCACCCAGAGCUCACAGAGCUCCCUCCCAGUAUUUAGAAGACAAGGCUGUUUAGGAGGUGCACAGCAGCAGGAAAUAGUCCUGCUUUAUUUAUGGCCUUGGAAAAGCUCAAUCAGGUGUCUCCUCGUAGCUCAGAACGCUGAGAGCCCUCAGGAACAGCGUGGCACGGUGAGUGGCAAACCCAUCCACGCACACGCCCCCUCGACAGAUCUGACCGCUGGGUCAUUUAGGCCUGGAAAUGGUGGCUUCAAGUCACUACAUACUUCAAGGAGCUCUGAUUUUGUCCCUUUCUGCAGGAGUAGAGAGAUGAAAGGGAGCAGAUCACUGAAAACUUUUACAUGCAGGAGAAUUGAGCCCUCGCAGGGAGAGAAGUUCCUGCCGUUCACCCAUGUGCUGUCGGGCGGCGGCCGUCUCUCUCCUGGUUUGACAUUGCUUCCCCACAAUAUCCGAUCAGUGGAUGAAGGCAAGCUCACUGACAGGAGCAUUUUCUUAAAUCACGAUUGACUAACAAAAAUUGGAAAAAAAUUACUGUGAAACUCAUAAUUCUUAAGUCUUUAGGUCUAUAUGCGUUGACCCGCACAGGACAGCACACAGCAAAGACCUUACAAUCAAGAGCUUGGUGCGAUCCGUAGACCCACUGUCACCCUGGGGGAAACUGUGCGCACUGCCUGAGAGAGGAGAUUUGAGACUUCAUUGUAGCUUUAUUUUUGCCACCAAUUAAAUAAAAUUAAAACGUGAUGCAUUAUUCCUCCCAAAGAUUCGUGAACUUCUUGAACUAACCCUAUUUCCUGAAGGAAAUCCACCUGACGGUUUUUGGAGUUGUCAUGCCUGGAGAUCAAACUUUUAAAGGGUUUUUCCCCUCACCUGUAACCGCAGAUUCAUUGUCCCCGGAGGAACAUCUUCAUGUUUCAGGGGAUGGAGAGAGCUGGCGAGUCUGGUAUGGAUAGGAGUGUGUGUCUGUAAAGUUCCCAUUGGCGUUAAACUCUGAAAUCCAUAAUGAACAGCCUUCAAAUUGGUGCUAAAUUGCGUAGACGCCCUACCGCUCUCUGAGUCCAUGAGCAACAGCUUGUCCAGAGUUAGCAGAGUUGGGUAGGAGGGAGCUGGAUGCAGAAGCAGCCCGCAGUAUUACGUCUCUGCACUCCCAGUUUGCACCGACUUGGGUGGAAACGAUGCAAUGAGACCAGAAAGAGGAGUCUCCAUAAGAUAUCCCUACAAAGUCGCCGUUCUGAGAAAAAGGAGAAUAAAAGGUAUCUAAAAUAAGCCUAGGCUCUCAUAUGCGGCUAGGACUUCUAAGUGAGAAUCUUUCUCCCUCAGGCCCUUAAAAUAGCCAUAGAAUCACACACAGCCUGACUUCGAAAGAUAAGCUUAGCCAGGGAGCACGGAGCGGAGCAUGAGCCAGCCCCACAGACUGUCUCCUGACUCAGCCCUUUGCGAGUGUUCUGUUCCAUCCAUGACGACUGCAGUGUGUUUACUACUGGAACAUAAAACAAAACCUGCUGUUUAUAUAGUCACUUUUUCUAGUGUUUUCCUGUGCUUUUAUGAUACCAAGUCUGUUUAUAAGUUCUGGAGAUAAAUUAUGUGAAAUCCUAUUUUGGCAUAUGGGGGUGGAGAAUGGAUUCUUUACAGGCUUUUUAGAUGAUCCCAUUUGUACCACAGAAAACACUUUGGAUGUUGUUAUAUAUGAAUAUAUAAAUUUUUCUUGUUUCAUUUUGCAUUAAAAUAAAGCUUUAUUCAGUCA